UGAGGCUGGGGGAGAGAGAGGGUGGCUGAUUACGGCUCCAAAGCCUAGAGAGUGGUGGGCAGAGUUGAAAGCGGAAUGGAGGGCGGCUUCGUAAAUAUUUUCUCAAGCCCCUGACGGAAUCCCAACACGACAAGGCGGGAGAGAGUGGAAGGGGCAGUGGUGAUGCUAGCUGUCACCCCUUUCCGGCGCGGUUUGGUUUCACCUCAGCAGGGGUGGUGAAGCGUGGGGGCGGGGGAGGGUGUCCCCUCCGUGCGGUUAAGAUGAAACUCUAGUGGCUGGAGUCAGGGCAGAGCGUGAAGGGAGCCGGUACCCGCUGGGUUGCUUUACACCCCGGCGGGAGCGCACGGCGGAGCAGAGCUGACUGGACUCUCUGACGGGCCCCAGUCCCGAGGCUGCUGCAGCUUCGCUUCCGAGCCCGACGGGAACGGAGCCCGAGUCCCGGCCCCUGCGGGGAUCGCUCUCUGCCGACCAGUGGGACCCCGAAACUUGAACGCAAUCCCUAACCCCCUUUUUAUGCCUGUCUUUGUCACUUCCCCAGCUUUAUUCCAACGUGUUUUUUUUUUUUUCCCACCCCCUCUUCAUUCUCUCUCCUCCGAAGGACACAAAAGUGGCUUCCGGGGAAAGAUUUGGAGGCGGCGGGAGCUUUUCUCUUUGGAGAGCGACUGUGUAGAAAGGAUUUUUGGGUACAGCUUUUAACAGCUCUGCCAUCCGCCCCCCAAGCCUCUCUGUACCUCUCUAAGAACAACCCUUAGGUUGAAAGUUCGGGGGGCGUUUUGCUGGGUGCAGUAGGAGGAGAGAAGGGGAGGACCCUGUCCUCGUCCUGGUAGUUGGCUGGACUUGCACCGGCUGUUGGAGAAACCCCGAAGUACAUUUCCGUAUGGAACUUUUACAGAUCUAUAUAUUUAGAUUUUAAAUACCAGAUAAAUAUAUGCUUUCUAUAUAUUUCCUGACGACCUGCCCCUGACAGCACGAUGUACAAUACAGUGUGGAGUAUGGACCGCGAUGACGCAGACUGGAGGGAGGUGAUGAUGCCCUAUUCGACAGAACUGAUAUUUUAUAUUGAAAUGGAUCCUCCAGCUCUUCCACCAAAACCACCUAAGCCAAUGAUGUCCACAGUUACAAAUGGAAUGAAGGACAGUACUGUUUCUCUUCAAGAUGCAGAAUGGUACUGGGGGGAUAUUUCAAGGGAAGAGGUGAAUGACAAGUUACGGGACAUGCCAGAUGGUACCUUCUUGGUCCGAGAUGCAUCAACAAAAAUGCAGGGAGAUUAUACUUUGACUUUGCGGAAGGGAGGAAAUAAUAAAUUAAUCAAGAUCUAUCAUCGAGAUGGUAAAUAUGGCUUUUCUGAUCCUCUGACAUUUAAUUCUGUGGUGGAGCUCAUUAACCACUAUCAUCACGAAUCCCUUGCUCAGUACAAUCCCAAACUUGAUGUGAAGCUGAUGUACCCAGUGUCCAGAUACCAACAGGAUCAGUUGGUAAAAGAAGAUAACAUUGAUGCAGUAGGUAAAAAACUGCAAGAGUACCACUCUCAGUAUCAAGAAAAGAGUAAAGAGUAUGAUAGACUAUAUGAAGAAUAUACCAGAACAUCCCAGGAAAUACAGAUGAAGAGGACUGCAAUUGAAGCUUUUAAUGAAACAAUUAAAAUAUUUGAGGAACAGUGUCACACACAGGAACAACACAGCAAAGAAUAUAUUGAGCGAUUUCGCAGAGAAGGGAAUGAAAAGGAGAUUGAACGAAUUAUGAUGAAUUAUGAUAAAUUAAAAUCACGUCUGGGUGAGAUUCAUGAUAGCAAAAUGCGUCUAGAGCAGGAUUUGAAGAAACAAGCUUUGGACAACCGAGAAAUAGAUAAAAAAAUGAAUAGUAUCAAACCUGACCUGAUCCAGCUGCGUAAGAUCCGAGAUCAGCACCUUGUAUGGCUCAAUCACAAAGGAGUAAGACAGAAGCGCCUGAAUGCGUGGCUGGGAAUCAAAAAUGAGGAUGCUGAUGAGAACUAUUUUAUCAAUGAGGAAGAUGAAAACCUGCCCCAUUAUGACGAGAAAACCUGGUUUGUUGAGGAUAUCAAUCGAGUACAAGCAGAGGAUUUGCUUUAUGGGAAACCUGAUGGUUCAUUCCUAAUUCGUGAGAGUAGCAAGAAAGGAUGCUAUGCUUGCUCUGUGGUUGCCGAUGGGGAAGUGAAGCACUGUGUGAUCUACAGCACUGCUCGGGGCUAUGGCUUUGCAGAGCCCUACAACCUGUACAGCUCACUGAAAGAGCUGGUGCUCCAUUACCAGCAGACCUCCCUGGUUCAGCACAACGACUCCCUGAACGUCAGGCUUGCCUACCCUGUCUAUGCACAGAUGCCCUCACUUUGCAGAUAAAGAGGAAGUGGGAAGAGAGGUGGCUCUCUAGCCUUUUAUCCUACAGUUUUUAUUAGACUAUGAUGAGGGCAUUCUUUAUAUGUAGACUGCUUGUUUUGCACAAGAAGUGAUUCUGUGAAUGUGAUGUGGAGAGGCCACACAGCCGCUGGCCUAGAUGGGGACUUUAGGGGCCUGGGGUUCUUUGGGACUCAGCUGUGCCGCUGCAGUGACUUACUAAGCUGGAAGGAGAUGUUUUUUACAAAGUCUUUUUCAUUGGGGUUUUUGUUUUGUUUAGCCAGGCACCCUCAACAGAACAUACUAGGCUUGGUGGGAGCUGGGUGGGAGCUGUAUUUGGAAGCCUUUGAAGAGUACAUGUCCUCUUUGGUCCUUUGAUGCUGAGAACGCAGUGGGGGCAUGGCUCUGCCGGGAGUUCUGCUUUGCUCUGGCAGUCUCUCUUCCUUCUCCUCACUCCCCAAAAGAGGCUGUUUAGGUUCUGUAGCAGAAGCGGAAUUGGUGAGUGAAAAAGACAACCAAAGGAAAUAGGGAGGCUUGAGAUUUCAUUUAAAGAAUCUAAGGCAAGGUGGUAAAAAAAAACUUCAGGUGAAGGUACUUUAUUUUACUAACAUAAUUUAGGUUUCAGCAUCUCCCUUCCUCCCUUUGAAGAAGCAUUACGUUCAGAAACCAACAGAACAAUGUUUGUUGCCAGACUAAGGUCUGCUGGGAGAAGACGGCAGUAGUCGCUGAAUGUACACUUCUGUACCAAAACUUGAAAAUAAAAACAAAACUAGAGUUUGUGAGUUUUAGUAAACACUAAAAUUGGUCAGUGUAAACCCUUCUGUCUGUCCUUGUUUCUCAGAGAUGAGGAAUAGCAUUGUUUUUGUGGGGAUGGUGAGCUUUGAAUCAUAAAUUGAAGUUGGUGCUUGUGUGGUGUUUCUUUAGCCUCAAGAAUGAUGUGUUGUUUGAAACCUUUGUAAAUUGUUUGUAUGAGUAAAGAAAAGGUGCAAUCCAGUGCUUUUAGAUGGCUUGAUAAACCAAAUAAUGAUCUAGAACAACAUUCUUAAUUUGUGCUUCCCCAAGUUUAAAGACCCUGCAGAAACAGUAAACAGGGUUUAAUUUCCUUUCAUCUCCCCUCCUUUUCUGGGUAGGGUUUAGGGAGCCAUAGGUGGCUAAAGUGGGGAGUCAGACUGUGGUCAGGGACCUCAGUAAAUCACAGACCCUGGUGUCCAGGGUGAGGGUCUACCACACUAUACAUAUGGAGCUUCUGCAGGGAGAAAAGAUGGCUUACAGAGUUAGACUGUUAGCAGAAGCCAUCUGCAAGCUUUUCUCUUUGCCUUUUUUUGUGAUCCUGGCGUUAAAGCAAUGUGCACAGUCUGCCCUCAUGCUCCAGUGGCCUUGGUUUUAGGCCAGGAAUCUUCUGCUCCAUGUGGUUUAAGCCUUCCAGCUGAAUGAAGCUAGCCAAAUGGAAUGGGGGGGCAUCUACUCCUGCCUCCAUUAUGCCCCACACCCAUCAGUCAACACUCAUUUGACAAAGUCCAGCUGCCUCUGAGCCAAUCCUGGGACCAUAAUAGGCUCCCAGUGAGUCAGCUCUUUGAGCCCAAAGCUAUGCAGUCAGACAUCCUGGCUGAGCUAGAGAAGCCAGUGCCUGGGUCUUGGUUCAUAUGGCUUACAGUUAGGAAAGCUCUAGUUCUAGAGGUGAAAGAAAAAUAUUACUUUCCUUGAUCACUUAACCUGGGUGAGGUUCUGAAAAAUAGACCAUUAUGUAGAUACAGACAAAAAAAAUUUGGGAAAACCUCCAGUUACUAGUCAUAAGGAUAGGAAGGAGAGUGACUAUUUUUGGCAUUUCCUUGGCUUUGUUGCAGUUUCAAGAUUGGGUGAGAUAGAGACAAAUGAAAACACCCCUCCCCAAAUGUUGUGGUUUUGACUUAAGUCCUUGGCUAAUAGCCAGCUCAUCCCUUCUCCAAACUGCCAGUAAUCUUACUGAAAGUUUUCCUGGAUAAUGGCAGGCUGAUUGCUGCUAGGAACACCUAGAUGCUUUCAGCUUGGUGUUGAACCUCCUUAAGCAGUGGAUGGUCAAGAUUAGGUGCAAGGUGCUCUUCUAUUUGGUACUAAAAUUUUAGUGUUUUGAAUGUCUGUUUUAAAAUAAACCAGUUGGGUAGAUAGGUACAUGCUUGUAUUGUUGAACAAUGUGCCUGCUCAUUUGGGCAGACAUGGAGGGUGUGCAGGGACAGAGCAAGCACCAGUUAUCUACACUUGGGCUGGCUUAUGGAGAAGGGCUGCUUUUUCUUCAGUGUUUUGUUCCUUCACUUUAAUUUCUUUUCUGUUUUUCAUUCUUGAAUUCAUUGCUUUGUGGGAUCCAAGACUUGGGUAUCACUUGAGAAGUUGGAAAGUAUUUUUUAUGCAGUUGCCAUAUGACUUGCUUGAUCCUCAGUCAAUGGAGAUGGCAUAGGGACCAGUCCGCUAUCCACCAUGCCUGGUGUGUGUACAGGGUUCGUAGGCUUCUCCUUUACUUCAUGGUUUGGGAACAGGUUGUGGCC